AUGAAUUCUGACUCCAGCUCUGUCUCCAGCAGAGCUUCCUCGCCAGACAUGGAUGAGAUGUAUCUGAGAGACCACCACCACCACCACCACCAUCACCACCACCAAGACAGUCGGCUCAACUCUGUCUCCUCCACCCAGAACGACCUGGUGCAGAAGAUGUCCGGGGAAGGCCUCUCCAGGACCGGCUCCAAGGCCGGAGGGGAAGGCAGCAAGUACAAAAUCAAGAAGCAGCUCUCAGAGCAGGACCUGCAGCAGCUGCGACUGAAGAUCAACGGCCGGGAGCGUAAGAGGAUGCACGACCUCAACCUCGCCAUGGACGGGUUGCGGGAGGUGAUGCCCUACGCCCACGGACCUUCCGUGCGGAAGCUCUCCAAAAUUGCCACCCUCCUGCUAGCCAGAAACUAUAUCCUGAUGCUCACGAGCUCGCUGGAGGAGAUGAAGAGGCUGGUGGGGGAGAUCUACGGGGGGCACCACUCCGCCUUCCACUGUGGCACGGUGGGACACUCAGCCGGGCACCCGCCGCACGCUGCCAGCGCUGUGCACCAGGGGCACCCCACCCUCGGCCGGGCCUCUGUCAGACCUCUUCCAGGAGGGAAAUCGAAGCCUGAAAAUAACUGUAAAAGUGAACAGUUCCGCGACAGGGCGCGAUACUCCGCGAGCAAAACGGUGCUCAGCAAGAGCAGGAGAGGAUGCUCCCUAGGGAAGCGGUCCCUGCUGCUGGGCCCCGCGGUGCAAGCGGGAUCCCCCGGGACGCGGCCCCGCUCGCUACUUCCCAGCGGACGGGCUGCCCGGCCCCCAGGGCAGAUGCAGAGGAGAAAGGGUCCUGCUGCUGAGCCAGCAGUAAUUCCCGGUUUGGCAGGGGAGAAGCUGUCCCCCGGAGCCAAGGGACUGUGGACAGACCGAGGAGAAGCAGUGCUUUUGCAGGGGCUUAUUUCCACCGGGUUUAGGCAGGCAAAUGGGGGACGGUUCCCCCUUGGUGAUUCGUGCUGCCGAGUGAUGGAGGGGCUGUUGAGGAGGGACUUCAAGGAACAUGGGGAACCCGACUCCCUUUCCCAGAAAGCUCAGUACUGA